UCAUGUUCACCAAGCUCGUGUUGGCUCAAUCACACCUGGACCCGGAUCUCCAGAGGAGAAAAGGAGAUCACAGUCCUACAACGCUUGACUAAGAAUGAGAAGGAACUACACUGUGAAACAGGAAGAUAUCGGCCGGGGUGAUUUACUGUACUGAACUAUCACUGUAGUUGAGUCGGAAGUGAAACAGCAUUUGCCUUGCACUAAGUUUCACAGAAAGAGGGUGGAAGGGGAGGGGGGGACGAACCUUGGUUACCAUUCACCUUCUGACAUCAGAAACCUCCGGUGCAGCAUGAGAGGCUGCCUUCAUGAAAUCCCUGAUCAAGAACAUGAGGCUCCUUCCCCUCUUCACGGCUGCAUCCUGCCUCACGCCCCCGGGUCCCUUUUUCUUCGUACGACGAAUGAUGAAGCUUUUUUUCCAGAUCACAUGAGCCCAGGAUGAAGGGGGAAAAUCCUGCUAGGAGUGGAGAUGGGCUGCGAAUGAGAAUCUGAUCAAGGGGAGAUACGGAGUGAUACACUGAGGGCUAUAUAAGAAUGUGCUCCUCACCAGAGCAAACAUUUUUCCAGGCGAAUGAUUCUCAUGAAGCAGCCAUGGCCAUGACUGAAGACGGUGUUUCAAGGAGGCUCAGUGCCACCAACAAAACAUACUUCUAUUUCACCACAGCUUCCCUCACGGUGUGCCUCGUCUUUGCUCUAGCAACCAUCAUGGUCUUAAUUGUUCAGAGGAAGGGUCUGGCUCCUCCAGAGGACGGCAUUACAGCACCCAGCAUAGGGAAUGAAUUAAAAGUUGUUUUUACAACCCUACAGAACGCUUCAUUUAUGAAAGCAGCUGCAUACAUGACAGUGUCAAAGCCAAUAAAUAGUCCAAAACUGAAGUGGACAAACAGUCAUAUUCUCCAAGACAUCACGUACAACAGCAAAGGAGACCCAGUGAUCCAGACGCCAGGCUUGUACUUGGUCUACUGCAACUUGCACUUUCAUCUAACCAACUUCUCAAGCAACACAAUCUACCUUAAGAUGGAACUGCUUGUGAAUAACAUCACCAACAGGCAAACAUUACUCACACCCUGUUCCAACACCAACAGGCAAACGAUAUUCAAUCCAUGUGCAUCAGUUACAGACAAUAACAGGAUAUAUCAGGAGCUCUCCAUAUUCCAUCUGGUGAACCUAGAUGCAGAUGACUGGCUAUCAGUAAAAACUGAGCAGUACGAAUAUUUGGAUUUAGAUUUCUUACCCAAUGACAAUAUUCUUACAGUCCUCAGGUACAGUGAUAAAAGUAAGGAGUGCGCUGACUGCUUCGUGUAGCUAAAAGUAACCUACCUUCAAUGACAAUGCCUCUGCUGGACAAUACCGGGUCUUAGUUGACAUACCUUACCCCAUCCUUAGGGGAAAAUAAGGAACUUUCCAAGCAUCCAAAAGUGAAAUCUAAAACACAGUAAACCAUGCACCCGACAGACAUAGGAAAACACUCGGCUUUGGCUGAGAGUGGGAUUGCCGUGAUGCCAGAAGACUGUCCAUCAGGAAUGGGGCCAGCAAGUGAUUCGGAGACCCAACAAUGGCGCCUCAAAAUAGAAACAAAAACAACCAAAUUAGGAGAAGAACUUUCCAUGCUGAGAAUGAUCAGAUAUCUGAUAUCUUCCACUUACGAAAGCAGCUGGGCAAGUGUGACUGCCUGGGGGGAAUGGGACCUCUUGUCAUCUGAGGAUUUUGGAAUUAUACACGAUAGUACUUUGAGCUAGUUUUUCCAAAAACUAGCAGUCAACGCUGAUAACUAAUGCUUUUUUUACAACGAGAGCAAGCGACUGUAAAUCUGCGAGAGAGCCUGUGGGCAGCAUCGUUGAAAGCAGAGAUGGGAAGAAGUUAGGUCAUGGGAGGCAAUGUGGCCCAGCGGUUAGGGCAUUGGACUGAGACUUGAUGUCUGUUCCCUAUUCUGCUACUGACCUGCAGGGUGGCUUUGCACAAGGUGUUUCACCAUUUGUCCAUCUUUUGUAUUUAAAUUGUAAGCUCUUUGGGAUAGGGACUAUGUAUUUGUACAGUGCCCAGCACAAUGGGAUGCUGAUCUCAAUUGGGACCUUGAG